AUGAGUGCCAGGAAGGCACUGAGUAACCCCUGGGAUGCUCGCUUCUGUGCACUGCAACUAAUCGCAAUGCUAACGGUGCUCAGUAUCACCAUCAAGUAUAACGAAUACGCGACGGAUAAAGGAGGUAACUUCAGCAUACCCUGCGUAGCACAGGGCAAUAUUAUGUGGGUAAAGGAACACGGCAGCAAUAGCACCAUUAUUCAGACGGGCCGUGUGCUGGUGCUGCGUAAUGUGAGUUCACUGGAUAGCGGCAUUUACGUUUGUUUUGCAACUGUGCCAGCAACAACAAGAAAAACAACACCAAUUACUACACCUAUGCCCAUCACAACGAUGACGAAGGGAGCAACAAUCCCAGCGACAGCAGCAACUACCUCAUCGCAGCGGCAGCAACCGAUAGAAGUGGAUGAGCAGGAGCAUGAACAGAAGCUACAAGAGGAUUUGAAUCGGGAGCAGGAGCACGAGGAAAAGCAAAAAGAGGAAUCGUAUCAGGCUUUUCAACGUAUCAGGUUAAAUGUGCGCACCACUCCCGGGCCGGUGACACAGCUCUAUUUCAAGGCCUCUACCAUUCUGGGCUUUCUCAUUUGGCGUUUUAAUAAGACCCUAUCAGGUGGAUAUCCCGUGCGCAGUUUCACAGCCGAAUAUCGCAAUGUUUCGUAUCGCGUUCAGUCAUCUAAUGCCAGCUACGAACAUGAGUGGACUCGCAUGGAUCCUAUUAAUAUAGCGCCCAAUGUGCGCCAAAUGGAGGUCUAUCGCCUGGCACCGAACACCACUUAUGAGUUUCGAAUAUGGGCCAACAAUGAGCUGGGCAGCGGGGAGGUAGUCACCACCAAUGUGACAACAUUGCCAGAGACCAAGGAGGAGGAUCUCAUACGCCUUAUAAAACCCGACUUAGAUAAUUUCGACCCACGCAUUUGGAUAGUCGCCGUCAGUAUAGUGCUGGGAACACUUGUGAUAUUAGCCAUUGGACUCUGUAUAGUGCUUUCUAUGGAGUGCUAUCAAUCAACGCAAAUGGAACUGCAAGAUGGUUGGGACAGCAUUGAGCUUAUACCGAAUAUAAUACUUAAUCCCGGUUUCAGCGAAUCCGAUGGAGCUAAGAGCGUGCCGCCUUUCACGCGUACAGUUAUCUUUGGCCACAACGGACAAGAGUACGAUGAGGAUGAGGAUUAUGAGGAGGAACAGGAGCCGACUAUGGAAAAAUUCAAGCGAAAAGUCUCGGUAUUUUUUACAGGUCCCACCAUUAAACGUAUUUGAAAGUACAAAGUGCAAUUUUAUGAUUAUGCAUAUACAGAUCUAUUUAUGUGUUUGAUUGUGUUGCGGUCGAGGCCAUAUACAUAUGCAUAUAUUUGUAAUAUACUAUGUACAGCUUAUUGUUGUUGCUAUAGGAAAAUUAUUUCCGUUCGGUUUCAGUUGCCAUGACACAGGAGAUAAGAUAUAAAUUUAAUAAAGACGCUAUUUAAGCUCGCUUCAUAACGCAUCAAGAAAAAUCAUUGAAAGCGAUUAAUCAUGAGUACUCCUACAUAUUGAAUAAGUUUUGUAAACUGUUAAACGUUCUAAUAAAAAGUGAGCUUCAAGAAGAACUGAAACC